CAUUCUCUCUCUCUCUCAAUCUCGCCGGCGCCGUUCUUCUCCCAUCUCUCUCAAUUCAAUCGAUCUUUCUUCAAGAAAUCGUUUUUCAGAAGAGACUUCGAAUCUUCUUUAUCUGUAACCAUUCAAAAUCCCACUUUGACGAUCAGUAAAGAUCCAUCCUUGAAAACCAUAAUCUGAUAUAAUCAAACACGUCUUAUUUCCUGUACGACGAUUCUUUGAUUUUAUUUCUAUUCGAAAGAUCUGUUAAAAUCAUAUUUUAUUGUAUACCGAUCUGGAUCCAUUAACUAGUCGGGGAAAUUAACCAUGGGAAUUGAUGAAUUUCGUUCCGAUGAAGGGGACGAUGGAGGGAAAUACUCGGUUUCUACUGCAGUUGAAGAGAUAAGUGGUGGUGAGUUUGAAAGUCAGACGGCGGCGGCGAAGGCGGCUAGCAAGUCUUCUGGGAACUCGAAUUCGAAUAACCCUAAUAUACAGCAAAGUAGGGUUUGGGCAAUGAGGGAUCUGUAUAAAUGUCAGACUGGACUUUAUAAUUUUGCUUGGGCACAAGGUGUGCAUAAUAAACCCUUGGAUGAGGUUAUUCCAGAGGUGAAAUCUGCUGAGGAAUUGAAAUCUAAUUUGACUAGUUUGAAUUCUCAUGUUAAUGAUGUGAAUGGUAGAGUUGUAAUCGAUUUGGAAAGUGAUGAGUUUGAUGGAAAUGAGAGUGAGAAAGAAGAGGGUGAAUUGGAGGAGGGUGAGAUAGAUUUAGAGUCUGAUGUUUUAGAUAGGUUUAAAGAAGAUGAAUUGGAUACUGUGAUGAAGGAUAAUGAAUUGGAUAAACAGACUAAAUCUAUUAUUGAACAGCUGAAAGCUGUUACCAUUGUUGAAGCUGAGAAAUCAUUUGGGGAAGUUUGCUCUCGAAUGCAUGAUUCGUUAGUUAACUUGCAGGAAAUGCGCGAUUCGGUGUCUGAAUUUGAUUAUUUGGUUCAGCUUUCAUUUACUGCUUUUCAGACAAUGAGUUCUGUUUUUUCUUCUUUGAGUCCAUAUCAGAAAGGGCUGAUUAAGAGUGUUUAUAAAAGGUUACUAUCAUAUGUUACAACCCAGAAUCCUGCAAGGUUUCCACCUUCUCAAAUGAGAGAGAUAGAGGUCAUGAUCCAAGACUUGGAUGAAUCCCCUGCCUUUUUAACUUCAAUAGACAAUAAGGGAAGAGGGUUAUCAGUCCCCCUUUUGGAUCUUCACAAAGAUCAUGAUGCUGAUAGUCUUCCUUCCCCUACCCGUUCAAACGCCCCAUUAUGUUCUCCUCUGAGCAAUAUGUUUGGUGUUACCAAUGUAGUACCAAGGGAAGAGUGGUCUUUACCGAAGGGGAGCCAGCCAGUACAAGAGAGAAAAAACAGCACAUUACAUCCUUAUGAAACCGAUGCUGUCAAAGCCGUAUCUAGCUAUCAACAAAAAUUUGGGCGCAGUUCAUUUCUCACGUUUGACAGACUUCCUAGCCCCACUCCAUCUGGAGAAUCUGAUGAUAGAAAUGAAGAUGUUGGCGGGGAAGUUUCUAGCUCCUCCGUAGCUGAUCCAGUCAAACCAGUUAACACCUUUCCUAAUUUAGCCUCUAAUUCCAGUUCAAGACUAGUGCGAAAGAACAGAGAUCCUCGACUUAGAAUUUCCAACCAUGAAGCAACAAACUCAAGGAAGAAGCAGAGGUCUGUUGAAGAUCUUAAUUUGGAUGCUAAAAGGCAAAAAAUAUCUGAGAAUGGACAUGGGAAAUUACCAAUGCCUAGUUCCAAUUCUGCAGUAUCAUCUUUGCAAACUAUAUUAAAAGACAUUACUGUAAAUCCUACCAUGUGGAUGAAUAUUAUUAAGAAAGAACAGAGGAAGAUUGUUGAUCCCUCAGCUACUUCAUCACAGUUGCAGAUAGCAGAUUCUAUUGUGGGAGCUGUUCCAUUGUUGAAUACUACUCUUCAAAAGCCAGCACUUCUUGGUCAAACGACUUCUGGAAUACUACCGAAUUCUCCUCAACCAACUGAUGAAGCUGGAAAAAUCCGCAUGAAACCUCGCGAUCCUCGUAGAAUCUUGCACCACAAUGUACUUGUGAAGACAGAGACAUUGCAACCAAAAGUUCUCAAUACAAAUAUUGCUCCCACUCCCCUUCCUAAUAGGCAAGAAAUUCAAUCUUUAACUAGCCCCACGGCUUCAAUAUCUGUGACAACAACACUUCCUGACAUUUCACGACAAUUCACCACGAAGCUGAAAAAUGUUGCUGAUAUUAUAUCUGUUACCCAAACAUCCACUGGUCCUCCAAUAUCUCCUCAGGUUCCUCUCAAUAAAUUGGAUGUUAAGGUUCUUCCUGUUCCAGAAUCUGCAGAUGUAAAAGGUGCAGGAGCCAUCACUAGUUCUCCGGAAUCUUCUAUGGGAACUUCCCAACCUCAGAAUAAAUGGGGAGAUGUUGAGCAUCUUUUUGAAGGAUUUGAUGACCAGCAGAAAGCUACUAUUCAGAAAGAGAGGACAAGGAGGAUUGAAGAGCAGAAAACAAUGUUUUCUGCCCGCAAAUUGUGUCUUGUCUUAGAUUUGGAUCACACUCUCUUGAAUUCAGCCAAGUUUACAGAAGUAGACCCCUUGCAUGAGGAAUUAUUAAGAAAGAAAGAAGAACAAGAGAUGGAUAAGCCAUACCGACAUCUCUUCCGUUUCCCACACAUGGGAAUGUGGACCAAGUUGCGUCCUGGGAUCUGGAACUUUCUAGAGAAGGCUAGCAAGCUUUUUGAAUUGCAUCUUUACACAAUGGGAAACAAGUUGUACGCAACCGAGAUGGCGAAACUGCUAGACCCGAAAGGAGUGUUGUUUUCUGGACGAGUAAUGUCUAGGGGCGACGAACCUGAUUCCAUUGAUGGUGAACCAAGGGCUGCCAAGAUUAAGGAUUUAGACGGAGUUUUGGGAAUGGAAUCAGCUGUUGUAAUCAUAGACGAUUCAAUUAGAGUCUGGCCGCAUAACAAAUUAAACUUGAUCGUUGUAGAAAGGUAUAUUUAUUUCCCUUGCAGUAGGCGUCAAUUCGGGCUGUUAGGUCCUUCCCUUCUCGAGAUUGAUCACGACGAAAGACCAGAAAAUGGGACUCUAGCUUCUUCAUUGGGGGUUAUUGAAAGAAUUCAUAAGAACUUCUUUUCUCAUCAUUCGUUAGAUGAUGCUGACGUUAGGGCUAUACUAGCUUCUGAGCAGAAGAAGAUUCUCGCUGGUUGUCGUGUAAUGUUUAGUAGAAUUUUUCCGGUUGGUGAAGCAAAUCCUCAUUUACAUCCUCUCUGGAUGACUGCUGAACAGUUUGGUGCGGUUUGUACCAACCAUAUUGAUGAUCAGGUUACUCAUGUUGUUGCCCAUUCACCAGGAACUGACAAGGUCAAUUGGGCUCUUUCAAGAGGAAGAUUUGUUGUCCAUCCCGGAUGGGUUGAAGCAUCAGCUUUGCUUUACAGGAGGGCAAAUGAACAUGACUUUGCAAUUAAACAAUGAAACAAUCUUAUCUAAUCUCCCAAACCCAAAUUGAUUCUUACAAUAGUAAAGAAAGAACAAAUAAGAGUGGCCAAUUAGGGAUUUACUUAACCCUAUAAUUCCAAUGGGCUUCAAUAAUUGAAAUGUUUUUACCUCAGUAAAAAAAAAUGUGACAAAAAGGUGUAAGAUUUUUGAAGGGAAAUCCUAAGGUGGAAACAUUACCAAUGCUGACAUAAACUUAAAAGGGGACAUGAAAUCUGGACGUUAUCUUAUUUUUAAGAUAACAUGAUUUUAAGACAAACAAUUCACGGUUCUAAAACAAAACAAUUCAUGGUUUGAUUUAGGGUUAUGAAUUUGACUCUAUUUUUUAUGUUGAAUAUUUGAUCUCUAGAUUUUUAUAGACUGAUUUUUCGAGGGUUUCGAAUUUGGUUAC